UAUGUCCAGUGAUGCCCGCAAAGGGACCAUUUCGUAAUUUUCACCCGGGGAUCCUCGAGGUGAUUAAAUUAAAGUGUGUGUGGAAUUUUGAACAUCUCUCUUCCUUUCACUUUAGCUGCUUCUUCCCUUCCCCCACCUCUCUCUCUCUCUCUCUCUCUCUCUCUUGUUCUUUCUUCUUCUUCUUCUUCCUUGGUCUUCUUCUUUUGCCUUUUUGUUCUGCUUUCUGCUUCAUACAAGCUCUGGUGUUCAUCACUGGUUCAUGGAUAUUGAACCCUCUUGGGAUCUUGGGGGGUGGUUUUUUCUUUUCAUAAAUUGCAUGGCAACAUCAAUUGACCAAACCAACAGUACCAAAUCACAUUCCGUUGUCCUUCUUCUCCUUCUUCUCAUAACAUCCUUCUUGUUUCUCGGUCUUCUUCUCAUCAUUAGCCCUACAAACCCAAUAGCUCAUAACCAAUCCUCGCACCGUAAAGGCUCUACGACCUCAUCAAAGGACACUAUGGCCUCAUCGUCGUCACCUUUCAAGAGGGUUCUUCUCGAAUCUUCGGCUCCGGCCUCAUCAACCAUGGCUUUCCAACCAAAGGCUCGCACCCGUUCACGAAAAGAACGUGCUUCUUCUUCUUCUUCGAAGAGGAGAGAUCAGUUUGGAGCCGAUGCACACGAAGUUCCAAGCGGUCCGAACCCGAUUUCGAACUAGGUGAGUUUUGUGAGUGGUGGUUCUCGAGAAAAGUGGGUUUGGAUGAGUCGCAAUAUAUAUAUGAGUUUAUAGAUAUAUAUGGAAGCUGGUCAUGGAGUUACUAGAGGUGAGAUUAUCAUGGAUUUAUUAUAUUUUUAAUGUAUUACUCGUCCUUCUUGUUUGUUUUGUUUCUAUAUAUAUUUUUUUUAAGUUAGAAAUGUAUAGAAAAGAAUCGGAUACUCUAUUUUUCAUGUGUAUUUAGCCGCCUAUUUCCUUUACUUAUAUAAAUAAUUCAAGAUGUUA